UGGUACUGGUACUGCUGGUACUGGUCCUCGUCCUGGUCCUGGUAUUGGUACUGGCGAUGGGUGGGGAGCCGGAAACCAACGUCUCAAAACCAGCAUGACACAAGAAGCAGCGCUGUGUGCGUGAACAGGUUCGAGUUAAAGCGGCGGUGAUGAAUCGGGUUGGUGGAGGACAGCGGGGACAGCUGGACAGCAGGGACUGCAUGCACGCGCUGUGGUGAGUGAGGGGGGCGGGGGAGAGAGAGGAGCGCGAGAGGAGAGAUGUUGAUUCAGUGUUGGGAGGAGGACGGAGAGAGAGGAGCUGCUGAUGGUCUCUCUGGUCUCUGGAUUCUGUCUCUGAACAGGAACACGAUCACACGGAGCGAUCUGUCCACCGCUGUCCCCGCUGCUGACGGUCCGUGUCUUCACAUUACGCACCGCUGACUGCCGGACACACAGACAGGUUUGGCGCCGCCGAGGGACCCUCAUCCUCUCCAAAGCCACCAGGAAGCUGCGAAGCACGCAGUUCAUCAGGCCCUGUGCCUGACGGCGAGGCAUAGAAUGGCGCUCAGGGAUUUGGAGUCCUUGUUUAAUUAAGGGAAGAAAAUCUUUCUUAAAAUGCAAGAAAGUCUUGCAGUCAUUGCACUCCCGUAGAGAUCCAUUUGAAGACUUUGAUUCGUUUAUUAAAGGUUCUUUCACUGUAGGCUCUAUCACCAGGGUGCAGCUGAAGGGGACUGGUAAGCCCUGAAUCAUUUCCUUUUGUUUGAAGGUAUAAAACUCUCUGCCAUAAAGGCUUUCUGUUGGAUUAUCAGGGCGCUAGUGAAGGUCAGUGUUCCUCAACUCUCUCUUCCCGGAGCUUUGAUCCAGUGCCAUCUCCCCACUUAUUCAUUUUUCUUUUUCAACUCCUCCUCUCUUGACUUUGAGGUUUUGGUCGGAUUAAGUAUUAAGCUCGAGGACACCCUCUUCAAGCAUCUUUUUUUUCCCCAGGAAUAUACUCAAGCAAAAACUUUAACCAAAAUAACCUCCCGGCAGGAUGCAGUGAAGGAGAGAGGAGGGCCGGAGUAGAGGGGGAUUGAAGGGCAGAUGGCUUCGCUGCUCGAAAAAUACCAACAGCCGGAUGAAUAAAACAUUUGAAUAGAGAGGGAGUCGUGACAUCUGGCUGAGGAGGGAGUAAGACUCUCUGCUCAUUCCCUCUCUCUCUCUCUCUUUUUCUUUAUUCUGACCACUCUUUCUCUCACUAGCAUCCCUUUCCUUCUAUCCUUCUUUCACUUUCCCGUGUCUCUCUCCCUCUGUGGACACAGGCAUUCAGGCGGUCCGUCAAACAGACAGAAACAAGCUUGUGCCUCUGCUCUCGCUCAGUUGGUCCACCUUUGUGAGCCCCCUCACUCCACCUCUCCCUCUACUGCUCCUCCUCUUCUUCCUCCCCGGCGUGGUGUGUGAUGGUGUGUCCCCUCCUCUCUGUCCUGGAGACAUGCCUGUGCAGGAGAUGGCGGUGAGUCCUGUCAAGUCCUUGUACUGGGAGCAGUUCCCCCCCAUGUCGCAGCGCCGCGUCUACUGCACUCCCGUCUACCACGAAGGCCUGCUCUACGUGCUGGGGGGCUGCAGCGAGACCGGCACGCCCCUGGACAGCGUCGAGGUCCUGGACGUAGAGAGCCAGACGUGGAGCCAACUGCCGCCGCUGCCGACCGCGCGGGCGGGGGCCUCGGCCGUGGCGUUGGGGGUGCAGGUGAUGGUGCUCGGGGGCAUGAACCAACAACAGACCCCGCUGGCCUCCGUGGAGAUGUACCACUCCGAUGAGGGCAAAUGGGAGACGAGGGCCGGCCUGGGUCAGCCGUCCAUGGGAGCCACCGCUGUGGAGAAAGAUGGAAAGGUGUACGCGUUGGGAGGUAUGGGAGCCGACACGACGCCACAGGCCCUGGUGAGGGUUUAUGACGCAGAGAAAGACCAAUGGCAGCCGAUGACCUCCAUGCCCACGCCGCGGUAUGGAGCCACGCCCUUCGUAAGAGGAAACAAGAUCUUCAUGAUGGGUGGUCGUCAGGGGAAGAUGCCGGUGACGGCGUUGGAGGCUUUUGACCUGGAGAUGAAGAGCUGGACACGCUACUCCUGCAUCCCAAGCCGGAGGGCCUUUUCCUGCUGCGCCACCAAUGAGCGAAGCCUCUUCAGCCUGGGGGGCCUCCAGCAACCGGGCCCGCAUAACUUCUACUCCAGACCUCACUUUGUCAGUACCAUGGAGGAGUAUGAUCUGGAUCAAGGUAUCUGGAUCAAACCCAGCCGAACAUCCAGGAUGAGGGAGAAGAGGGCUGACUUUGUGGCAGGAUGCCUGGGAGGAAGGGUAAUCGCAGCUGGUGGUCUAGGUAACGAACCGACGCCGUUGGGCACGGUGGAGAGCUACAACCCGGUGAAGCGGCGCUGGGAGUAUGUGGCGCCCAUGCCCACUGCACGCUGCUCCUCUGCCCUCCUGCAGACAGCCAGCAUGCUGUUUGUCAUCGGCGGAGUCGCCCAGGGACCCAGUAAUGCCGUGGAAGCGCUCUGCUUACCGGAAACAGUGUGACACAUGCACACGCGCUAACACACACACACACACACACACACACACACACAAGAGUUCAAACUGGCAUUGGUAUUUUAUUCAUGUGUGUACAUAAACACAGACGAAGACACAUGAAGGAUCCACAGAUUGAGACUUUUCUACCUUUAUGUCCAACUGAUGGAUUUCCCCGUGUACACUGGGAUGUAAGAAGCUCUUUUUGAAAUUCAACAAGCAUUUUCUUUCUGCAGAGACAGUUUUGAGACAGAGCUGGAUGAAUACUAAGAGGAAGGCCUGCUGUGACUGGCGAGGACAGACAGGAAACGGACAGCUUUUCUACACUGGGGAAAUCAGAAGAAGAAGAAAAUGAGCAAAAAAAAAACAGACACACGUGGUGUCUGGAGAAACAACACGCCUUUGAACUGUUGAGCAUUUUUCAGAAUAAAAGCAGGGUACUUUUCUGGAUAUUAAAAGGAA